UAAGGAAACGACGGUCAUUCCCUGUCUAAAGGGGCAAAGACAAAAGACGACCACACGUGGAAUGCCAGAGAAAGCCGCCUAACUGCAUGAAGAAAGGGCAGAUAAUCCAGACUCCAAGAGAGAGAGAGCUCUUUGGAGCAACAGAGAGGGAAAAAAGGCGAAGCUUAAUUUAAGAGCUAGAAAAUUCGAAACGGCACGCGUUUACACAACUACGCAUAUCAGAAACCUGCAAGCGAGUUUAUCCCCAGCCGCAUCCGACGCUCCGAGUAAACUCAAGGUUCGCUAUUUCACCUAGGACCCCUUGCGUCUGUCUUGCCUGCGCCAAAGGGUGAAACGUGAUCAUGUGGGACGACUGGGGCGAUUGCCACCAGGACCAAAACCAAGACCAAGACCAAGACUCGCACUUUAAUUUCGAUUUCCUUUCCCUUGUAUCCAAGCCCAAGGAUUACUAUAAAAUACUGGAGGUGGAUUAUGAUGCCAGCGACGACGCAAUUCGCUCCAAUUAUAUACGCCUCGCUCUGAAAUGGCAUCCGGAUAAGCAUAAAAACCAGGAUAGUGCCACUUCGAUAUUUCAAGAUAUAAACGAGGCUUAUCAGGUUUUGAGUGAUCCUGUCAGAAGAAGAGAAUACGACAAGAAAGGGAUGCUUUAUGUCCAUGAUUAUAACGUAAUUGAUUAUCUUAACCGUCACAAGGGCCUUAUAUUAACGUGUAAUGGUCUUGGGAUCAGGAACUCAAUCUGGUAAUCUAAGACCGAUAUGCAUUUGUUAAUGCAUCGAUUGUUUUUCAUACAUGGCAGCACUAUUAAAUAUGCCAAGUCUUCGCUAUGCACUGGGAAGUUGUACGCUCAUGUAAAUUAAUUAAUAUUACAUAGUAGACAUCAAUAGUUUAAUAUUAGUGUAACAUCUUAUAUUAGCCUGCCCAUCUCUUUUGAGGUAUUUGAUAUUGCUGAUGCAGAUUCUUUAUUACCUUGUCAUAGUUGUUGCUGGUGUGGUCGGUGAAAGUUUGUUUUAUUCAACAAGCAAAACAGCUGUGAGUGAAUAAUUGGGAUUUGAGUGAUGUUUAAGCCAAUUCAAUAUA